AUGGACAAAUCACCAAAUAUAACGGCGUCGGCCUCUUCGCCCUCUCCUCCCAAGCGCUCCCAGAUCCCGACUACUAAUCCCCAAAGGACCGUGACCCACGCCGGCCAGCAGGCGCAUGCGCAGGCACAGACACCGUCGAAUCCACUCCCCACGCUGGCCCGCGAAUCCACUUCCAGCUCCGCGGCGACCGUCAAUCCCAGGUCCGAUCCAUGGCCUUCUUCCAACAAGCUGACUUCGCAGACCACCUCGGCCACGUCUGCAGCAGCAGCACCAUCCUCCUCCUCCGUCUCCCGUGCUUCGUCCGUAGCUCCCUCGCCCUUUGCCUCGCGCGAAUCCUCUCCCACGAGACCUGCCAACCGAGCCCCCACCACCCGUAAUCCCACCGCUGCAUCGUCACGAGCGCCCUCACGCGGUCCUGCUGCUGGCGGUGCUGCACCUCGAUCGCGCAAGAACAGCUUCCAGGAUCCCUCGAGAUCCACGAAACCAGGCAGCGUAUCCUUGUCGACGGCCGGCUCAAGAACGCUGUCGUCGGCCACGACGCCCACCUUCCUCCCCGCUGCGACGGAUCGGAACGUCAAUGCGCCCGCACCCCCGUCCAAAUCGCCAACUGCCAACUCGUCUGCUGCUCAUCCCCAUCCGACUGGUGGCCAGGAUCCUUUGAAGUGGCCCGUGUCCUCCAGACUGCGGUCUCCUCCACCCAUCGUCACCAAGCCGCCCAUCCUCGGUCCGCCCAGACGACAGGAUCAGACUCCAGACAUCUCUCCUUCCACCGCCCUUCCACGACAGACAUCGUCCUUUUACGCCUCGGAAUCUCAGUCGGACACAGACGCGGACGACCUCACUCCAACCCAGCCCGGGGCCAGAACUCCCGCUCGUGCUGCGGGAGGGAGCACCUCCGUCCUUGAGACUGUCCAAGAAGUCAGUCCUUUUGGUUCUCCGCGAGUCUUUGACCAGUCAAUGGAGGAAAGACUGGGACACAGGCUCAUGUCCGAAGCGACCGUGCCCUCAGAAGCCGGUGAUUUCUUUCGCCAAAAAGAGCUAGCGGGAAGGUCGAAUUCAAUCAUGACGGAAAGCGGAGCCGAAGAUGCGACCCCCAUCGAGGCGGUCCGCCGAAGCGGAUCGACCAGUGCGCCGCCCCUGACGUCAAGGCAGUCGAGCUUGUCAGUCCGACCCCCUGCCAAGGGCAAGCCCGGCGAGGCUUCUCAACAGAGCAUGACGGUAGAAGCCGAAACGGUCACCUCGAUUCCCCAGGUCGCCCUCGCGCCAGGAGGAGGAGUGCAGCCUUCAAGUCUCAGUCUGCGCACAAAACCCAGCACGGAGACGAUCCGGCCCCCCAAGAAAGAAAAGAAGAGGACGGCACGGAAGCAGCCCAACAUGACAGCUGGCACUGGUGAGACAACUCUGUUCAUUUUGCAGCCACGGCUUCGGCAUCAUCAAGCUACGAGAUCAGUUUCCUCGGCUACCGAGAUGUGUACUUCGCCAACGAAGUAUUACCAUGGUCCUCCGCCGCCUGAUGAAGCCGCCAGCAGGCACAUAUUUCCUUCUCGGUCUCCCGAACCACGGAGCCAGACAUCCUCCAAGGCCGACAUCUUCGAGGCAAAGGUAGCAAGCGCAAUUGAGGAAACUAACUCGUCAGAUUCGGACGAAACAUUCGUCUACGACUCCAACCCUCCCGACCAUCCCAGACCACCCCGUUAUCACUCUAGGACACCGAGCGCGGCAUCCAUGGUCAGCCAGAUGAACCGUGCCGAUAUGCGCUCCAUUCAUUCUGCCAUGAUGAACGUUGAACAGCCUAUCGGGGUAAAGCGAAGCAUGAAGUUUGUGAACUCUUACAACCCCAGCAUUAAUGAAAGCGUUGGCGCCGAAGACGACGGCAAGAGCACAACCGGGAGGAGCACAGCAGGGUCAGCCAGGGGGACAUCUGGGCGACAUCAUCACUAUGGCCGAUGGGGCCGUAAUGGGGGAGGAAACGGGCAUGCGUCGCUAUUCGCCGAACAAUCACCCUUCAGCGGAGCUAACUCGGGAAACAACAACUCACGACCGUCAUCAGGUGUUAAUAGCCCUCGAUACUUGAGCCGGAGCGGCCCCCAUGCUAAGAGCAGUCGGGGAACGCAUCUAUCGGUUGGUUACGAUCUCGACGACAAUGCUACUGGCGCCGAUGACGAAACCACGCCGUUGAUACAGUCUGGGACAGUACGGUCAUCAAGAUCAGCACGAAGUCGGAGGAACGGCUUGCACUCGCUACGGUCCAUGGAAUCGGGUACAUAUCGACAACCGCCGUCCUUCUUGAAUCGGUUCGCCAGUUGCCUGGUCUUGACAGUGAUGCUAUUACUUGUCGUUUCGGGAGCCAUUGGGUUCAUGUUUGCGACGUCACAACCGCUUACCGAUAUCGAGCUGAUAUCGAUGGAUCAUGUGGUCGCGAGCGAGCAGGAGUUGAUGCUCGACCUGACGAUUAGGGCCAAGAACCCCAACGUGGUAGUUGUGGUGGUGGAUGCGGCGGAUAUCGAGGUCUUUGCCAAGUCACCGCAUGCUGGUACCGACUCGGAAUGGUAUCGCACUCACCCUGGUGACAUGCCGCCUCUGGAGAGCCACAAGGAAGAGGUACGAAUAAGCAGAUCAGGAGAUUUAGCCAAGAUCCUAGACGACCCGCCGAACGACCAACCGCCUGAGGAAUCAUCUCCCAAUAUGCGCCUCGGCACCAUCACGGGUUUCAACAGCGCUCUUACCUUUGAGGGCUCCUUCUUCCACCAGGGCCUGUCCACGUCCAUGGGUGAAGUCCGUCUCAAGAACCCCGGCAACGUAACAGUGGGCGGAACCGAGAGAUGGGAGCGCAUCAUAGCAGAUGACUUCCAACUCAUCAUCAAGGGUGUGCUAAAAUAUACCCUGCCGCUGAGCCAGAGGGUCAGAACGGCUGCAAUUUCGGGCAAGACCACGGUCAAGGCGAAUGCGGCCAAUGAUCGGGAUUUAAGGAAGCCGCCGGAGGAGGCGAAGCCGAUAGAGGAUGUCGGCGGAGGCAGCGGUGGGAGAACAGGAGGUGAUGAUAACGACCACGACAAUGACGUUUCUAUUUCCUUCCAAUGAGUUUCUGAACAAUGAGUUUCUGAAAGAGAGGGAUAACAUGGUAGAGAACAAAGUCCCCAUCCCUGCACACAGGAACAAUACCAUGACACGAGACGAACUCCUUUACGAAUAUUUUUUUACUGGUUUUUUUGAUAAACAAAAAUCAAUACCCACUAUACACUACACUUACACUACACCGCUGCUCGACGCAGGUUGCUACACAUUUUCCUUUGUCGGAAUAUUUUUAUUGAGGCAAGCAGGCACAGGCAGGCAAGCAAGCAAGCAAGCAAGCAA